CUACAAUUUGAUUGGUUAACUCUCUGAAACAUCUAUCCAUCCAUCCAUCCAUCGCUUAUCCUGUUCAGGGUCGAGGGGGUCUGGAGCUUAUCCCAAAGACUUUGGCCGCAAGGCAUGAACAACCCAGGACGAGGCACCAACUCGUGGCAGUAAUUUUAAAGCAACAUACUUACAUUUUUAUUUAUAAAGCCAAACUCAUUUAAAUUAAUAAAUUCGUUAAAUUAACCCGGGCUUCUGUUUAAAGGAUACAUCCUGUUCCAGCCAGGCGCUUUUUAGGUCUGCUCAUCCAUGCAGGUCACGAAGCAGAGAUCUGUCGGAUUGCCCACCAUCUGAUCCAGGAAAAUUCCUGCGAUAGGAGGACAACGCUGGUUGCAAUAAUGAAGACCAUGCGGAACGAGCAGCCCCUAUAAAUAAUGAUUAAAAAACACUUUCGACAUAAAAGAAGGUAUUUGCGCGCAACUGGCAGCGCUAGGAGAACCUCGUCCCGUUCCUUUCUUUAAGGAAUGACGGUAACAUAAGAAAUAAAUAUGAAGACGGUGUUUGCGACAUUACUGCUGUUUUUGUUGCGGCGCGUUUCUGCGUCGUACCGAUCCUCACCAGAGGAAGAAUGCCGUCGGGAGCUGCUGGAGCUCAGGAGCAGCAUCGGCAGCCUGCAGAGCAGCCUCCUCAUCGGGGCGUGGCAGCUCAGGAACCUGCGUGAACAUAAUCAUUUCUACAGGCCAAGUACGGAACAUUCAUCAUCACCACCAAACUUAAAUAAGACGAUGAAAAGUGCUGAACUGAAGACAACCGCUCUUCCCAAGACAUCAGGAAAUCUUAUUGUCUAUGACCAAGACUGCUCCACGUUGUAUAACAGGGCCCAGCCCCCUAGUGGGUUCUACCGAAUCAGGCCCAGAUCAGACAUGGAACCAUUUCUUGUGUAUUGUGAUAUGACUCAUGGGGGCGGCUGGACCGUCGUACAACGAAGACGGAAUGGGAAGGUGGAUUUUAACCGAGACUGGGAGGAAUAUAAGUCAGGAUUUGGCCAUUUUAAAGAAAAGAAUGAUGAAUUCUGGCUGGGGAAUGAACACAUUUAUACUCUUCUAAAAGAAGGUGAGAAUCUCAUGAGGAUCGAUUUAAUGGACUGGAAUGGUCAGAGGACAUAUGCGUUUUACGAAAACUUUCGGAUAUCAGAUGAGAAGGGCAAGUAUCGGUUGCAGUUUGGCCUUUACAGUGGAAAGGCAGGGGAUGCUCUUUCUGGAGGGAGUCAUAUGAAGGACCAGUGGUCCAUCUCUCACAACGGCAUGCCGUUCAGCACUAGAGACCGGGACCAUGACCGGUACCUGCAGGGCAGCUGCGCCAAGGAGAACAAGGGUGGCUGGUGGUACAACAGAUGUCACGCAGCCAACCUGAACGGAAAGUUCUACCGCAAUGGGGAGUACAAGGGCACGCACGACAACGGAAUGGUGUGGCUCACGUGGCGGGGGCUCUGGAACUCCCUCCGCCACACCUCCAUGAAGGUCCGGCCCUUGCUGUUCAUGGAUAGCCUGGGGAGUGGAGCAGGACCUGGGGAGUAGGCAACUAAGAAAGGCCCCUGCUUCCAUCUGGAACAGGCCUCGCUGGACCAAACGACACGACUGAACUCAAAAGUAUUAUCUACUCUGAAUUUUAUGGCUUCUGCAUUUACAGCCUAAGCAGUUUGACAGACUAUUAUUGUUUCAAAGUGUGCAUUUAAAAAAAAAAAACUUUUUUUAGCAGCUGAUAGUUAAAACUGAUUUUUUCAAACAGAUAUGCAAACAUAUAUAUUGACCGGCUGUCUUGUAUAGCACAUUCUGUGUAUAUUCAAUAAAACAGCAUAUUAAAAACC